CGAACAGCGAGAGGCCGGCCCCACCAACUACGACCCGCAUGUCUGUCCUACUUGGCCAGCUUAUCGAUUACGCUCCACCUCUUCUUCUGCCAGUUGACCCCAGCUGUUGUGUGUGGCCAAGCAAGUUAGAGCGCCGAAAUUGCAUCGCCAACUUCAUCGUCAAAGACGGGAGGGAGGUGCAAGCACGCCUGGCGCACUGUUGCAAUCCUGCACACACACACACACACACAGCCAGCCACCACGAUGGUCGCGACAAUACUCAGACAACUGCGGCCGGCAACGGCCUGGCGAUCAAUAGCGCCGAGGACCACCGCGACAGCCACACCGCGCAUCCCAACCCUCGCGAGCCGCACCGCCGCCAGCUCAACACUGCGGCCCGCACAUCGCCUCUUCUCGACGACACCCAUCCAGAACAAGACCCUCAACCAGGUGCUAAGGGGAAUGCGAAAAGGCAAGCGCGCCCGCCACGCCGUCUCCCCGGCCCUGUCCGACACGCGGUGCCCCCAGCAGAAGGGCGUGUGCAUCAAGGUCGGCAUCGUGCGGCCCAAGAAGCCCAACUCGGGCGAGCGCAAGAUGGCCCGUGUUCGGCUGUCCUCGGGCCGCAUGAUCUCGGCGUACAUCCCCGGGGAGGGCCACAACAUCCAGCAGCACAGCGUCGUGCUGGUCCGCGGCGGCCGGGCGCAGGACUGUCCUGGUGUGCGGUAUCGGCUUGUCAGGGGCGCAUUGGAUCUCGGCGGUGUUGCGACGCGGAUGUCCAGCCGCAGCAAGUUUGGCACAAAAAAGCCCAAGAAGGCUGCCGUCGGUGCAUAAUUGUCGAAUCUUGAGAUGUAUAAUUACUGCAUGAAUAGAUAUCGCACGCGAGCGACCUCACAGAGUCCUUCCACUUUCGCCGCUACGAGAUUUUGUCGGCUGCCAUGUACACCUACUGGACAUUAGUAUUUCUGCAGUGGAUUGGAGAGCCAAUGUAUUGAUAGAUCGCGGACUUCGGCAAAAUGGAGGAACGGGAAUCAAAGAGAUACACCACGGGCGCAAACUUGGCUCUUGGCGAGUGCAUCGGGGGUCGACAUAGGCGUUGCAUAAGGCUUGAUGGGAGGGGAGCAGCAUAGUAGCAUUGUAAGAUAUCACGCCAGUUGCAUAUCUCGCCAGUUUAAAGCCUGGAGAACAGAGCAAGACAACAAAUCAUGUCAUACCGG